CGGUCUGUUCCUCCGGCUCCGGGCUGCGCUGGGACAAAGGCGCGGGGCCGCGGUCAGCAGCGCUGCAGGAGUUAACGCUUCCCCCCCCUCGCCCCAGGUCCGUCUCCAGCGGGGAUUAGGGCAGUCUGGCCGGGAGCGGGGCCGGCUCCUGCCAGCUUAGGGCCGGCUGCGGAGAUGCUCUGCGAGCAGAGCUGGGGUUGCAGCGUCCAGCCGGGGUCUGGCACGGCCAGGCGCUGCCUCCAGGCGCUCCCCUGCUCGGGCUGCGCGGCAGGUCUCAAAGCCGGGCUGUAAAUUAUCGGCGUUUGCUGCUGGAGCGGGGACUGGCUACAAACCUGGGCGCUCGUGGGGGCCUGGCCGGCCGGCAGGAGCUGAGGGAACGUGGGCCUGGGCUGGGGGUCGUGGCCCCCACGGCGCGGCCGCGACGCACCGCGCUGCAGCUGGGGAUGCUGCGGGGCCGGGGGCUGCGGCUGCCUCCCACCCGCAGGCCCGGGGCGGGCAACAGGCUUUGGCUGUUUUCUCAUCCUGCAGGAAUUCGGCUCCAUGGGCCGGGCAUUUUUUUUUUCCCCUCCUUUCACUCUCUCUCUUUGGAGACUUUCCGCAUUCUGCCUUUGAUCUCCCCCCUGUGUUUGUCCAGCCGAUCGGCUCAGACGGGGUUAGAGGCUGAGGUCAGCGCCUUUUCCAUUCCAAACACCCAGAAACAUCAGUGAGAAGGGAGGGGAUUCAGAUUACAACCUUCCCGUCCUCCCCUUCCACCCCUGCCCCACACGCACGCAGCGCCCAGACCCGCUGCCACUGCACGGCGAGCGCUGCCCGGCUGCGGCUGCCAGGGAUGCGCUGAGCCCCCCCCGGGGUGGGGACAUCGCUGCUGCCGAGCCGCUCCCCGGGGCCGCCGCUGCGGUACGAUGCUCUGAGAGCUCAGCGAUGGACCGAGGUGUCGGGCGGCAUCUCCGAAGGAGCAGCGAGAACCCGGCGUGCUGAGCCGCAGCGCUCUGUCCGGACAUCACCUCCUUGUCCUCUCCGUCCCCCGACUUUCCUCUCCGUCUCCUUCCCUCCGCUCGAUGUGAUCAGCCCCGUGUCUGGUGGCGAGGUGGGGGGCACACAGAUGCCUCGCCGGAGUUUCCACCGCCCGGGACCGCGGUCGCGUCCCUGCGGGCAGCAGCUCGGUGGGGCUGAGCCCAUGCGCUCGGCUCUGCUGCUGCUGCUGCCCUUGUUAGCGGCCGCCGCCGGGCUGAGCCUACAGCAGGCCAGGAUGCGGCAGCUGGGGGUGUGCCCCAACCAGCUGAACCCCAACCUGUGGGUGGACGCUCAGAGCACCUGCGAGAGGGAGUGCCAGGCAGACCAGGACUGCGAGGACUUUGAGAAGUGCUGCACCAACGUGUGCGGGCUGCGCAGCUGCGUGGCGGCUCGCUUUGCAGACGGCAGCGUGUUGGCCAUGGAGCUGAACCGCGGACCGUCCUGCGAGAGCUUCGUGUGCGCCCAGCAGGGCUCGGACUGCGACAUCUGGGACGGGCAGCCCGUCUGCAAGUGCAAGGACCGCUGCGAGAAGGAGCCCAACUUCACCUGCGCCUCCGACGGCCUCACCUACUACAACAAGUGCUACAUGGACGCCGAGGCGUGUCUGCGCGGCACGCGGCUCAGCACCGUGCCGUGUAAGCACAUCUUCACCUGGCCCGACACCAGCCCGGUGCCGAGCGAGACCACGGCCCGGCCCACGCCGGGAGCGGGCCCCGAGCAGCCGGUACCGCCCGCUCUGUACAGCAACCCCUUCCACCAGUCGGUUCGUGCCGGCGGCACCGUCAGUUUCCGCUGCGACGUCAGCGGCCGCCCCCGGCCCGACAUCACCUGGGAGAAACAGAGCGACCGAGCCGAGAACUUCAUCAUGCGGCCGGACCAGAUGUACGGCAACGUGGUGGUCACCAACAUCGGGCAGCUGGUCAUCUACAACGCCCGCCACGAGGACGCCGGUAUCUACACCUGCACGGCCCGCAACGCCGCGGGGCUGCUCCGCGCCGACUUCCCGCUGUCGGUGCUGAAACGGGAACCCGGGGCGGCCCCGCAGCCCGGCGACCCCCGGCCCGGCGACCCCCAGCCCUUCCCCAGCGCCGAGUGCCUGAAGGAGCCGGACCGACGGCGCUGCGAGGCCGCCGAGGUGCGCUGGCACUUCGACGCCAAGCAGGGAUCCUGCGUCACAUUCCGCUACGGCGGCUGCGGAGCCAACAGGAACCACUUCGAGACGUACGAGGAAUGUCGAGCCGCCUGCGUGGGCAGCGCCCGGCCCACCUGCCUGCUGCCCAUGGUGCAGGGACCCUGCCAGAACUGGGAGCCGCGCUGGGCGUACAACUACAUCCUCAAGCAGUGCCACUCCUUCGUGUACGGCGGCUGCGAGGGCAACAGCAACAACUUCGACAGCAAGGAGACGUGCGAGGACGUGUGCCCCUUCCCCAAGAGCCUGCAGUGCAAGGCGUGCCGCCUGAAGAGCAAGAUGGUGCUGAGCCUCUGCCGCAGCGACUUCGCCAUCGUGGGGCGGCUGAUGGAGAUCGUGGAGGACCAGGACUCCGGCAUCGCCCGCUUCGCCCUCGAGGACGUCCUGAAGGACGAGAAGAUGGGCCUCAAGUUCUUCAAUAUCAAGUACCUGGAGGUGACGCUGAUCGACAUGGACUGGAGCUGCCCCUGCCCCAACAUGACGGCCGAGGACGGGCCGCUCAUCAUCAUGGGCUCCGUGCACGACGGCAUGGCCACGCUGGACCCCGGCAGCUACGUGCGGGCGGCCAACGACAAGAGGGUGAAGAAAAUCUACGAGCUGAUGGAGAAGAAAACCUGCGACCUCCUCAACCGCUUCCAGGAUUAAAGCCGGGCUGACAGACAGACACCGGGGCUGCAAACCCCGGGGGGACCCGUCUGAGCCCACAGCCCGUUGCUUUUAUUGAGUUACUGUCACCAUUCUGCAGCUCCAUCCCUGUGACUUUCAGCUGCGCGUGUUCCCUGUGUACCCCCACCCAGACAGCAGCAAUAAAGGGCGGGGUGGGGUUACAGAGAAGUCUGCCCUGACCCCCCCUCCCCUGCCCUGUCACACAGGGCACCCCCA